AUGCCACAUUUGAUAUCAAAUUUGGUAGAGAAGGCUUAUACUCCUUCUAUCGCUAGAAUUGCACCAAAGCACUUAGUAAGAAAGCCACAGUUAGGAAGACAACCACAGAAAAUCACUAACAUUGGUAACACAGCUCUCUACAGAGGUUUCUGGAGAUUUACAAGAAGAUGGAUAUGCCACAAUCACAAAUUCUGGUACUCUUACGUUGUUCUCUGCGCUAUUGGAAUGUACCAGGUCUACUACGCAGUGAUCGUAGGACACUAUGUCAGGAAGAACUAUCAUAGAUCUAUGGAAUAUGCCAUUCUUAGGGAACAAGAAUGGGAGAAAAUCAAGCCAGCUGAUGAUGACGAUGAUCUCUUUGAUGAUGAUGACGAAGAAGACGACGAGGAAGAAGGUGCCGCUGGAGACGAAGGGGCUGAUGAUGAUGACGAUGAAUAAUCAC